GCGCAGUCAGUGCAUGGAGAGGACUACAGGCUGCGGAUAUUUGCAGUCAGAUCAAAACGCAGACAACAGCACUGAGAGCGAAGAGGAAGAAUUUCCCUUCCGCUCCGCGGGUGAUGUUAGCUCGUUUCUCCUCAUAAGCGGUGCGAGCGGACGCGCAACGGAACACUAAUGUCGGACUCCGUGAAAGUUUCUGCGUGCUCUUCCGUAUUGUGAAACUUAAAAGCAGCCCACAUUUGGAGCUGAUCGACGCGAGGAGCCAGUGAAGCGGUUCAUGGCUCGUCAGUAGUGUGGUCAGAGCCGGCUGUGAGCGGCGGAGCGGUGCGCGCCUCGCUCCGGUUUUUUUUAUUUUACGCGUAAAGGGAAAAGAGUGUUCAGGCAACACCGGGAAUCCAAGACGAGACAUGGAAAUUACAAACGCUGUUGGAAAUAAUGUUGAAAGGAAAAUAACAACAAUGCCUUGAUCAUCGACUGCAUCUCCUGGACAGAGAAGCCGUUUAAAAAUAAAAACGCCGGAUAAAAGAGAGAUGGCCUUGACUUCCGUUGUAAAGCUGGAUCCCUGCAACCACAUCUCCACUAUUAACAGGAGCUUGUGACGAUGAAGAUGUGUUCGGAGCCCCAGGCACUGCAGAGGUGUGAAAAUGGAGUCCUGACCUCAGGUGGUUCUUCCACCUCGUAAUCCUUACCCUAUUCACUGUUCCUAUGUAUGACUCUACCAUGGACCACAUUAUCUGCUGCCUGCUGGUCCUGGGAGCCACAGUGAUGAUCACCCAUGCAUGCCCCAAGUACUGCGCAUGCCAGAAUCUGUCCGAAUCCCUGGGGACAUUGUGUCCCUCCAAAGGCCUUCUUUUCGUGCCUUUGGACAUUGACCGCAGCACGGUGGAGCUCCGUCUAGGAGGCAACUACAUCCUCCGCAUUACGCAGCAGGACUUUGCCAAUAUGACCGACCUGGUUGACCUGACACUCUCCAGGAACACAAUCAGCUACAUUCAGCCCUUCUCUUUUGGCGACUUGGAAACACUGCGCUCGCUUCACCUGGACAACAACCGCUUGAUGGAGCUAGGCCCCGAUGACUUGCGAGGCUUGGUCAAUCUGCAGCACCUCAUCAUGAACAACAACCAAUUUGGCCGCAUUCACGACAAGGCCUUUGAGGACCUGGCACCUUCCUUGGAGGAUCUGGAUCUCUCCUACAACAACCUGGUGUCCCUGCCCUGGGACUCAGUCCGCCAGAUGAUUAACCUGCACCAGCUUAGUCUGGACCACAACCUGUUGGACUUCAUUCCAGAGGGCACUUUCACUGACCUGGAAAGGCUGGCGCGACUGGAUUUGACCUCAAAUCGCUUGCAGAAGCUACCCCCAGACCCUAUCAUUGCCCGUGCCCAGGACUCAAUGAUCCUGACUACACCCUAUGCUCCCCAGCUGUCCCUAAGUCUAGGUGGGAAUCCACUGCAUUGCAACUGUGAGAUGCUGUGGCUGCGGAGGCUUGAGAGAGAUGACGACCUGGAGACUUGUGCCUCCCCUCCUGGCCUGAAGGGUCGCUACUUUUGGAAUUUGAAGGAAGAGGAGUUUUUGUGUCAGCCACCUCUUAUUACCCAGCACACCCACAGAAUGCUGGUCUUGGAGGGCCAGACAGCCAGCCUAAGGUGCGAAGCAACUGGAGACCCUUCUCCUACCAUCCACUGGAUCUCCCCUGAUGAUCGGCUGCUUGGCAACACCUCCCGGACCGCAGUGUACAGCAACGGAACCCUAAGCAUCACCAUCACCACCUCCAAGGACUAUGGCACCUUCACCUGCAUUGCCGCUAACGUGGCUGGGGAGUCCACCGCCUCCGUGGAGGUGUCUAUCGUUCAGCUCCCCCACCUAAGCAAUGGCACUGGGCAGCCAGCACCACCGAAGUCACGCCUCUCUGACAUCACAGGGACCACCAGGAUCAGCAAAGGGGUUCCCAAGAGCCAACCAGAGAGGACAGUGUCUGCCACCGAGGUGACAGCUGUUUCAGCACUUGUCAAGUGGACGGUGAGCAAAUCAGCUCCCAAAGUGAAGAUGUACCAGCUCCAGUACAACUGCUCUGAUGAUGAAGUUCUGAUCUACAGGAUGAUCCCUGCCUCCAGCAAAGCUUUCCUGGUGACCAAUCUGGUGUCGGGGACCCGCUAUGAUUUGUGUGUGCUGGCCGCCUGGGAUGACACCGCCACCACGCUCACGGCAACCAACGUCGUGGGCUGCACCAAUUUCUUCACCCAGGACGACUACCAGCAGUGCCAGUCUCUACCCAGCCAGCUGCUGGGGGGCACCAUGAUCCUGGUGGUGGGGGGCAUCAUUGUAGCCACCCUGCUCGUGUUCAUCGUCAUCCUUAUGGUGCGCUACAAAGCUGCAGACACUGAACCCCCCGUGGGAAAACUGACCAAUGUCAGUGACACACACUCUCAGACCAAUGGGGGUCACAUGCUCCAGUGUCGGCUUCAGCCUGAGCCCAAGGUUAAGGCCAAAGUGACUCUGCAGGACGAGGUGGUGCAGUUUAAGUGUGGCUCCCUUCAAAGCAGCCUCACUUCCUCUUCCUCAUCCUCAGGCUCCAUGGCGGGGGGCUCGUACAGCCCCAACAGCACGCUUGCCAACAUUUUGAGAUCAGCUCCCUCCAAGCCCCGGACCAACCUGGACCACCUGCUCGGGGCCUUCACCUCGCUGGAAUUGCGGGCGGGACAGGGACGCGACCCAGGAGCCUCUAGUAGUGCUGCCGUAACAGCAGGGAAACCCCACACAGACAGGGAGCCGCUGCUGGGCCGGACGCUGGACUCCAGCCUCAGCCGGCUCCUUAUGCUACCUAUGGACUCCAAGCCAAAAAGGAGCCAGUCCUUCGACAUGGGAGACAUAACAGCCACCACGGCCGCUCAGGUGUGCAACAAACCACGCAGGAUCAGCAGUAUCUGGACUAAGAGGAGCCUGUCUGUUAAUGGCAUGCUGCUGCAGUGUGAGGAGGAGGGGGACACGGGAGGGAGCGGGGGGACAAAUGACAACCCUGACUGGGUGAUGGAGAGUACUGUCUAGGAAAGAUGAAGGGCUGUCACACUGUCAAACACCGCCCAAAGGGACGGCCAACAGCCAUGCCAAGACAGAGCCUUUGUCCUGCAUGAAGCACACUCAUAUUCAUCUUUUCCACUCUAUCACUCAGACUCAAGUGGGACAGAACGAGGGGGGUUUCACACUCAUAGCUAAAUACAAACUUUCGGAAUAAGACCUUUGGAUUGUUUUGCCUCACGCUUUGUACAGAGAUGGAUUCUAAUGGCUGGUCAGCCAUCAAGAACCGAAGGGAAAUGACAGAACAGUGCCGUCUGUUAUAUGAAUAUGGGAUCACCAUGGACUGCUAUUAUACUCUAUACAUUUAAAGUAUGUUAUGAAAUUAAAGUUUUAUAUUUUUUAUGUUGCUGGUCAAACACAAAAGGAUCCAUUGCUGGUCUCUGCCUUAACACAAGAGCAAGGCAUGACCAGUGAUUACACUAUAAUUCCUCUACUGUAAAUUCAAACUCUCUGACUGAAUGGGGAAGGAUAUAUAUACAUAGAUGUGAUGCUUGGAUUCAUGAAGAUUUAAGAGAAACGAUUUGUUGACAAAGUUGUAUGUGAAUAUAUUUACUUUCUAUACAGAGUAUAUAUUUGCGGGGUCACUCAAUAAUUCUGUAUGCUUAUUAUAUCACAUGUCAUGUGACUGAUUAUAAACCCAUCAUCUCGUAAACGCUGGCUGCACUGUAUGCGAAAACUCAGUUAAUUGUUUCAAAAAAUGCCAAAUUAAAAAAGUGGAAAGUGGCGGAAUACGUAGGAUUUUGCAAAACAAUUAGGCCUGUUUAGAUAGUGAACAUUUGGUCCAAUAGCAAAUUUAAUGUUUUUAUGGGUUUUGUUGUUAAUAAUUUAAAAGUUAUUUUUUUAAAGAUGCACUCCCUGUUUUGUUACGUCUCCUCAUUUACUGAAUUUACCUACACAUUCAGGGCAAUAUUGGAUGCUAUAACAAAAUCUGUAUGUAUAUGUUAUGAGGAUAAUCCUUGUUCAUUAUAAUUUAAGUCAUUAGUUAUUAGAUAUUAUGUUAUUUUGUGGUUUUAGACAACAAUUCUAGGAGUAAUAACAACACUGGAAAUCUGGAAACACAACCACGUCACCAUAGUGAAGCAAGAAAUGUGCAGCCACACCAUCAGAUCAAUAGUUUGUCCACAUUAUUAGAACAGUUCCCAACCCCUAAGACUACUGGACCACAGAACAUUUGCUAUCAAGUUGCAAGAAAACAAACUGAGUAAUAACUAUAUAUAUUUAUAGCCUGUCAUGGGCUAUUUAAGUUAACUUGGGUCGGUCGUUUCUGCAGUUUCCCUCAUCACUCUCUGUCACACCAACAACAACAUUAUACCCAUUGUGGACCAAAAUAGGUCCUCGGUCUGUGAGGUAGCAGUCCAUCAUCAUAGCCUAUCACCAUUAAGCAGGACAUGAAAUCUGUGUGACCACAAUACAAUGAAAAUCCAUUUAACCUGGCACCGCCCCCCUACAGACUUUCAUUUCAUUUCCCUUCAGUACUACGUCUGGGUUUGUGGUAUAUUCUUGGGUUUUCUCCGGUCAUUUUAACUGGUCCAAUCAGCAAACAGAAGGAGGGGCCGAGAACAAUGUCAUUGAGGUCCUGCGCAAGAGUUGUAGUUCCGUAAUGGCGGCGGAGAAAGAUGCGAGCGAAGACAUUGGGUCUGUUGUGGCAACGCUGCUGAAUAUCCAGAAGUUAUAGCCCAAAUAAGAACAAUCUUUGAUGAGUUGUGUUGGGGGCCAUGAUGUUGUGGCCCUCCUCCCUAUGGGGCUCAGGGAAAGUUUGAUUUUCCAGCUUGCUCCGUUAGUGGUGAAGGAGUUGGCUAAGGCGAACGCUAGCGAUGCUAAGCCGACAUCAUGACCAAACAUUAGCGAUUGGUUAUGGCAGAUCCAAUAGCUUCAACUUCAACAGAGGACCCGCGUUCAAGGAAAGGUAACACUAUCAAUGGAAAGUGGCCAGAUUCUCUGGACUAAUGAAAUUUACCAGAGUAUGGUAGGACCAGGCUGAUGGACCAGAGUCUGGUAGGACCGGGCUGGUGGACCAGAGUCUGGUAGGACCGGGCUGAUGGACCAGAGUCUGUAAGGACGGGCGGUGGACCAGAGUCUGGUAGGACCGGGCUGGUGGACCAGAGUCUGGUAGGACCGGGCUGGUGGACCAGAGUCUGGUAGGACCGGGCUGAUGGACCAGAGUCUGGUAGGACCGGGCUGGUGGACCUGAGUCUGGUAG